UUAUGUAGUAGGUUUCCAUCCCUCCCUCUCAUUUUUGGAUUUCCACACACACCCACCCAAAAUAGUUCAAAUGAGUUAACACAGGGCAUGCAGGACUAGAAACUGGAAGCUCUAUUCUGGCUCCUAACACAAGAAAUCUUUACUUUAACCCCAAUAUGGAUUUCUCAGACAAUGAGACGUUUGACUACGAUGAGCAUGACAACAUCACCUUCAACUAUGAUGAUUACAUAUCCAUCUGUGAAAAAGACGAUGUUCGCUCCUUUGCUAGCGUCUUUCUACCCGUUGUGUAUGGGUUAUCUCUAGUAGUGGGUCUAACAGGAAAUACUCUGGUAGUGGCUGUGUAUGUGUAUUCCAAACGCUUGAGGACACUGAUGGACAUGUUUGUGGUGCAUCUGGCUGUGGCUGACCUUCUACUCCUUUUCACCCUACCUUUCUGGGCUGCUGCUGCCGUUCAGGGCUGGGAGCUAGGAGAGGUUCUCUGCAAGAUUGUCACAGCUUUAUACACCAUCAACUUCACAUGCAGCAUGUUACUCCUGGCCUGCAUCAGUCUGGACCGCUACCUUUCAAUAUUCUCAGGACACAAUGAUCGUUUCCUGGGACGAAUAUUUAAGAGGAACUACUCCACCAAGCUCUGCCUGGUAGUGUGGACAAUAAGUUUCUUUCUAGGAAUCCCUGAUUUGGUGUUCUCGACUGUUAAAGAGCUUCCUGAUAGAAGGGUCUGCAUGGUCAUGUAUCCUUCAAGCAUGGCUAUUCAAGCAAGGGUGGGCAUGGAGGUAAUAGAAGUGUUGCUGGGUUUCUUUGUGCCAUUACUGAUGAUGCUGUAUUGCUAUUCCCAUGUGGUAAAAAAGCUAUUGGAGCUUCCACCAGAGAACAGAGGGAAGAGGUGGACAACAAUCCGUGUCUUAUUGGCAGUGGUUGGAGUAUUCGUACUUACACAGUUUCCCUACAAUGUUGUGAAAUUCUGCAGAGUCCUGGAUGUCAUUCAUACACUAAUAAGCCACUGUGAGACUAGUAAAGCACUGGACCAUGCAGCUCAGAUUACUGAAGGUCUGGCAUUGAUCCAUUGCUGCCUGAACCCUGUGCUUUACGUCUUUAUUGGCUCAUCCUUUAGAUCACAUGUCUUAAGAAUUGCAAAAGCCUUUGGCCAGAGGAGGAGAUUGGCACAAAGGAGAGAAGAUUGUGUUGUGGAGACUUCCUUAAAUUCACAUUCACAAUCUCAGAAGACAAGCACCUUCUCCAUAUGAGAAUAUUUAAGAUUUAAGCAAUUUAUAGAAGAUGAAAGAUGUAUUUCUGUGUAUCUUAUCUACAUUCUGUAUUUAACAUAUUUAGAUAUUAUCAUAUUAUCAAAGUCUACAGUUAGAGUUUUAAUCCUGCAGCAUGAAAAGUACUAGAAAAACAAGCCGGUUGAACUGGAAGGACAUUUAAUCAUUUUAACGGUAAACAAAACCCAAACCCCAACUGACAGAAAUGUGUUAUGACAGAUAUGUGCAGAAUUGAUUUAAUACUUUUUUAUUCUUUAAGUAAAUUACAGGAAGUGAAGAUGAACAAAGUAACAAUUAAAAAGGAACUGAACAAGACCAGUCCAGCCAAGACUAUGAGAGUACAAAACACUGUACCAACAAAACAUAAGCUCUUCUUUAACAAUAACUAUAUCUUCUUCUGACUACAUGUGGCUAUAUAUCCUUGCAAUUCAUACACUGAGUUAUAAUAAGUAAAGGGCUUGGUGUAGGAAAAUAAAUGGUGGGGAAAUUAAAAAAAUAUAACUGGUUCCUACUGACAUUCUGUAUCUAAGGAAGGUAUUUGACUUGCGUAUUUGACUUAUUCGAUAUUCUUACCUAUUUAAAUGUACAAUUUCUAAAUAAAAUGUGUACAUACAUAGGUACGUGUCAUGAUUCAUGGAUGUUGCAAAACAGUGCUUUUCACCACUUAGCAUUAUUUACAUGUGUCAUGCUUAUGUAAAUGAACUAUAACCUCCAAGAAAUGUUGAAUAGCUAAAAUAGUGAAUAUAUAACAAGAUUCAUGUUUCAAGAUUCAGAUUUCUUUUUGGUUAGUGAUUAUAUACAAGAUCAUUAUCUUUCCUCCUGUGGGUCUGUAGGUUCACAAACAAUGAACAAAUAACCAGUGGUUUAUCUGGAUUUUAGGACUUCUGCAAAACCUGAUUUUUGAACUUUUAUUUAUUUUUGGUAGAUAUUAAAUCGUAUUGCAAUUGUUCUGGACAUGCAGGGACAUAUUAGUGAAUUAGUCAGCAUAACUUCUUUUGGCAACGCCUAGACUGGUUUAGACUCUUUGUUAGGUAAAAAGGAAGUAAAUCUCUCAAUUUUAUGACACUGCUUUAUUUGAUUUCCCUUUAAAUACUUCUUUUUGAAACAUGCCCUUUGCUAUGAGUUGAGUUCAUUACUCAAUGAUCUGGUUAUUUCAGGUUACAUAUUGUGAUAUGUAUGUCUACAUUUGUAUAUAUACCCAUGGAGCACUUUACUGGAAACACCUGUACACAUAAACACUGCUCCGGGUGUGUGUUCACGGUGUGUGUGUGUGUGUCCACUGCUGUGUGUGUGCACUUUGGAUGGGUUAAUAAUGCAUAGAACAAAUUCUGAGUAUGGUUCACCAUACUUAGCCGUAUGUCACAUCACUUAAAUAAUUAUUCAUGCAGUUAUCUAAGCGGCCACUUGCGUUCCAGCAGUGCAAUGCAUAAAAUCAUUCAGAGUCGGGCCAGCAGCUUCAGAUAACGUUCACAUGAGUCAUUAGUUUGGGGGAAAAAAUGUGAGAUUCCACUUCUGUCUACCAAUAACAGAAAACUGAAGCUGAGUGCACAUGGAUGGUAGGGUCACAAUUUAGCACAAACUGCAUGAAUCCAUGGAUCCAACCUGCACAUUAAUAACAAUGUUUUGGGGUUGUUCCUGAUCCUGUGCAUCACUUUAUGCCCACAAUUCACCAUCUUUUAAUAGCUAUUUCCAGGUAAAAGUCACUUCAAACUGGUUGUCGCAUAUACAAAAGCUCUGUGUUCUUUGGUAUCUUUGCCAGACAGCUUGUUAAAUCAAAGACGAAUGAAAGUGCACCUGAAAAAAUUGUCAGGAAUUGCGUAAAGUCAACCUGGAACACAUCUCAAAGGAAUGUUUGCAACAUCUUGUGAAAUCUGUGCCAAGAAGGAUUGAGGCUGCUUUGAAAGCAACGGGAGGCUCUUGCUGGUGUUUGUGUAAUGUUUCUAAUAAAGUGCACAGUAAGUGUACAAUGGAUCCUGUGUUGUCUUUUAUAUAUCCAUAUGUCUUCCAAUGCCAUAACUGUCAGUAUGUGAUGUUAAACUAAACAGAACAGGCCGUCAAGUAUAAAUACACUGUAUAAGUGGGAAAUAUAUAUAGAAAUUAUUACAGGUGGGUGAAAAGGUCAGUACUGUAUAUAUUUACUUAAUCAACCAAGAGUCUAAUCUGAUGGUACAGCAAUGCAAAUUUCUCAGGAACUUCUUGUAUACAAUGAGUCAUGACUUAAACACGAUGGAACAUGCUCUUGUUACUGACAUUUUCAGUAACUUCCUAUCCCAGGGACAUGUCAUGGGACACCAAGCCAUUACAGAGUACCAUGCACUAGGGGUUGUGUAAACUAGUCAUGAUUGUGGCCAGCUCCAGCUGGGGCAAUGGAAAAACUCUGUGAGUCAGAUGGAAAGGAAAGGGAAAAGAGGAACAGUCUGGGUGUAAAGAAAGCAGUUAAAAUGAACUAUUAUAGUGAAAAUAUUGCAGACAGGGUGGAGACAAUUCAUCUACAGUAUACAAGACUACUCUGGAAAAAAAAAGUCAGCUAUAGAUGAUUAUUCUGAGAAAAGUCUUAGCUGAUUUGAACGUUCAGCUUUAAAACAUGUUUUAAAAUAAUAUGCUUCACAUUUUUAUUUACGUUCUUUGUUAAGAGUUGUAAACAUUACAACUUGAUGAAAUGAGAAAUACAUUUGCAAACUGUGUAUCCAAAUGUUCUUUGCUAAAUAAGUAAUAAAAAGCUGAACUUUUGCCCAAAACUGUGCAAAAAAUGACAAAUCAACAAUUUUUUAAAAUAUACUGUCUGACUAGUCAAAAAUUUGUAGCCAUACUUACUAUACACACAUAUAUUUGCACACUCACCUAGCGGCACCUUAGAGUGAGCCAUGCAGAUAGGUUAUGCUAGAUUACUUAGUGUGAAGAACUAAAUUUUAUCAAGAUGUUUUAUAUCUGGAAAAUGUCUGGGUUUGUUUAAAUUAUACCAUUUUGUACACAGUUGUUCUACUUUAACAGUCAUUUGCGUAUUUUAGAAAAUAGAUCCCCUAAUCAUCAGGUGAACACCAGGGAUGUGUACGCUUUCCAGUUAUUUUCUUCUUGUAUUCUAAUGACUCAGUCUCCCAGGACACUUCUUUGAAAUACUUGCAGAUGAAACCAUUGUCGUCGUCAUCCGAGAAGGAGACAAGUCUGCGUAGGCAGGAAGAUGAGCUACCGGGAACCUCCCUCUCUAACAAACUGAAAGGGGAAGCCAGUAAUAACUGUAUUGGCUAAAAAUCUUAUCAAAAAAUGCAUUUCUUUAGACAGCUGAGGAAGUUCAACCAGCCACAGAAACUGAGUCUGUCCACACCACCACAUCACCAGUCAAGGUUUGGCACUGCAACCAGUAAUUAUCUAAACGGGCUGCAACACAUUGUCAAGUUAGCAGAAAUGCUCAUUGUAAGAAAUGUGUAUUCUAUGACCACCACAUACUUGAACUUGUUUCCUCCAGCAGCUUAGUGUACAAAAAAAUCCACCAGAUUUUAUAAUAGCUUCCUUCCAGAUGCAAUCAGAUUUAGAAGCACUUCAUUUCCUCAGAUAUGAAGAAUCACUCUCAGCAUUGUGUUUUGUUAUCAAGAUACCAGAAUGUUUUUUCUUCUUCUCUUUUUCUCCUCCUGCUCCUUUUUUUAAAAUAGUAAACUAAAUAGAAUAGUUAUAAAAUCCCCUUAUUAUCAUAUUAACAGGUAAACUGUAAUUAUAAGACUAGUGUUCUAGUGUAUUAAGUGAACAGUAAUGAACAACUCUGUACUGAUUUUUUGCUUGUGUCUUUUUUGUUUUAGCGAAAAUAGCUUAAAUGAAUGAACUAUUCUAACCUCACUUGCAUAAUCAAACAAAAGCCUUUUAAUGAGAGCAUUUUGUUUACUCAUCUAAAUAAAGGCUUAGUGUAUCAUUAUAUCAUACUGAUAAGGUUUAAAUAAACACAGCAUGUUUUAAUACAAGCAUAUGGUUUCUGUCCUCCAGAUUGGAUAAACAAUUACCAAUCUCCUGGUAUAUGUCCCAGGAACUGAGAGAAUAUUUUCCAUUCAGGAGUUACAGCAAAAACAAUAUAAAAAGAACAAAAAUAUGAAGCUAGGUCAUAUCAGUUAACUUUGCUAUUUUUUUUAAAUAUUCAGAAACAGUAAGCCUCAACAGGUAUACAACAGAGACAAAUCAACAGUUUACUUUAAGGAAUUCAGAAAUGAAUGUGUAAAAUGUAAAUGAAUUUAUAUCCUACUCUAUAAAAUAGUAGAUUUUACUCAUGUUAGCACACAAUGCUAUCACAGUAUUGGCUCACGUUGCAGUUGUCUAAGCGUUAUGCAUAUCAUAUUUUUUGUUGUUUUUUAAUAAAUAAUUUCUUCAAACAACAUAUCAGGAUAGUGUUAAACUGCUGAAAGUUUUCAUGUGAUCAUUUUAUUUCAUUUUUGGUAAACUUCAAGAGCUUUAAAUAGACUGAAAUAAAAUCACAGUUCAGAUCAUUUAGAUAUAUGUGUCUACUGCCCUCUCGUGGCCAUCAAAGAAAAGGUGGUCAGAAAAAAUAUUUAAUCUCUUUUCUUUAAUUAAUUAAACAUGCAAAUGAUUAAAUAAAUAAACUUUCAAAUUUGCUAAAAAAAAAAAAAAAAAGAAUGGUAAAAAUGGUAAACAAAUCUUAGUAAAAGUAUGAAUUUAAAAGUGCUAAGAAAAUCCACAGAGGUCUGACUCGAAUUAUGAUUAUUUUACUUGCUGAUGGUAGCAACAUGGGGAAACAUGGGAAAGCUCAAGAUUUCUAACAGCUUUAUUCCCUGUGUUGGCAAGCAUGAUAUCUCUGACAAUACAAAUAGAUGAUAAAUAAACAGCGUGUUGUACUGUUUUUAUUUUCAGACACACACACACCCAUGUUGUACAGCAAGUCUAUGGCCGAAAGAGUCUGUUUAACUGUUUAGUAGAAGAACCCAACGUUCUCUUCUAUUGUUAUAAGCUCAUCCACAUCGUUUGAUAUUGUGGCAACUGGAAGCAAUCUGCCUAUUUUCAGCUGUGCUCCCUUUUCAACAAGGGAUUUCCACCUAAACGAUCACUGUUAUUGUUGUUGUUGUUUUUCCUUCAACACUUUUCUGUUUAAACUCUAGAGACUUCUUGUUUCUGAAUUAUGCAAACCAGCCUCUCUGGUCAUGCAUAAUAAAGCUGACUGUGUGUAUGCAGUGCCAGAUACUGUAGAUGACCGUGAUAUUCUUGCCGUCACUUGUUAAGGUUUGGAUUUAUCAGGAAGUUAGAUGAACAAAUGAUAGAAGGUUUAAAAACAUAGCGAAUAGAAAAAAAAGACACACACACUAAAGGUUAGACAAUUCACCAUUUUACACUGACUCGAGUCAGAUGAUUACUGCAUUACCAAUGAAACCUAUGAUUGAAUUGCCUGUCUAAAGAUCUGUGAUAUAUUUAUAUAUUCAGAGAGAUACAAUUUUUUAAUGCAAUAAUUUUAUUAACAAAUGUGCAAAACAACCAGUACAAAAAAAAUCACCACUUUGAUUAGUGCUACAAAAGGCACUUGUUUGAUCCAUUAGACCUUUAGAUUCUUAAAGGCAGCUUAACAGCAUUACAUUCUCUUAAGGGUACUGGAAUUGAUAAAUUAGAUACAAAAACUAAGCAAAUUAUUUUACAAAGAAAACAUUUUAAA